AUGUGCCCCGUGGAGAAAAUCGAUGACGUCGUCGAGUCGAUCGAGGACUACCACCCGGGGGGAUACCAUCCUGUUCACCUGCACGACCUCUUCAAUCGGCGAUACGAAGUCAUUGGGAAGCUGGCCUUCGGCCAGACGUCGACGGUGUGGCUGGCUUGGGAUCGAAGGCUGGAGCAGCAAGUGGCCCUGAAGAUCGUCAAGGCUGCUGCGUCCAAGGAUAACAGGGAGCUUGAGAUCCUUCUGCACCUGUCGGACCCCGGCCUGGAGCAUCUGGGUAAAAGGCAUGUCGUGAAGUUGUUGGAUCAUUUCGAGCAUCACGGCCCCAACGGUACUCACCUGUGCCUUGUGUUUCCGGUACUGAUAUCCGAUGGCAAGGAAAUGAUUCUCGCGGGCAAACCGCAGCAGGUCAGCAGUGUCCAGGCAAUCGCCAAACAGAUCCUGUUAGGUCUAGAUUUCCUCCAUUCGCAGAGCAUCAUCCACUGUGAUCUGAAACCGGCAAAUAUCAUGUUUGUCCUGGAGGGCGUCGCCUCCUGCGAUGGGUUCAUCAAUCCCCCCAAGUUCGUGACCGUCGAGUGGUUGGACGGACUCCGAGACCGGAGUGUCCCGGAGUAUCUGAUGGCUUCUCAGCGAGGGCAAGUGACGUUCGAGGACGUUGAUCCUGCAAAUCUCCUGGUUCAGCUGGGCGACCUGGGUGGAGCUGCAUGGUGUGACCAAUGUCCGCAGCGGCCGGUGACAUUGAUCUCUUUGCGCGCGCCGGAAUUGAUCCAGCGGAAGACAUGGGAUUGGAGGAUUGACAUCUGGACCUUGGGUUGUCUGAUAUACGAACUGGCGACGAAUGAGCAGCUCUUCCCCGUUUCGGGUCUGGGCCUCACGUCGGAGCAGACCGACCGAGAACACGGGAUGCUCAUAGAUAAGAUGAUGGGGCACAGCCCUCAGAUGUUCGAGGCGUUUACCUUCUUCCUCCGGGAGAGACUUCGGUACAACUGGGGGCCGAUGGACGUGCAGCAGGACCCUGUAUCGUUCAUUUGCUCGAUGCUGCAGCGAGACCCUCAGGCACGGAAGUCAACGACGGAGUUACUCCAGCAUCCUUGGAUGACGGAGGAGGGGGCGUGGUGAUUAGCACGGUG